ACCAAGGCUCCGAGCAGGGACCCGUGCUGUGGGUUAUGCUGGGGCCUGGAUCACCGGGGACAGCCGGACGUGCAGGACAGAGUCAUGGGGGACCAGCAGGAGGACUUCGGAGCGGGGCUGGCGGCCCCAGCAGAGCAGCCCGGGGAGGAGGUGCUGGACAUCCCUGAGCACGCUAGGCACCGGGAGGACAGAGCACAGGACAGAGAGAUGCCGGGCAACCUGGACCACGAGGAGGGGCUGGAGGAGGCCCUGGACCUGGAGGACUAUGAGGACCUGGGCAUCCCGAAGCCCCAGGAGGAGGAGCUGCAAGCUCUCCCCAGCGCAGAGCCCACAGCCUCAGACUACGUCCCUGCCAAGCCUCAGCCAGGCACCCAGGAGGUCUACGUGCAGCUGCAGGAGCUGUCGAUGGACGGGAAGAACGCAGAGCUGCAGUGGGCAGAGGUGGCCCACUGGAUGCGCGUGGAGGAGAACGUGGGGCCGCGGGGCUCCUGGGGCCGCCCUCACGUGUCCUACCUCACCUUCUGGAGCCUCCUGCAGCUGCAGAGGGCCUUCGCCAAGGGCACCGUCCUCCUGGACCUGCAGGAGCGCUCGCUGGCCGGUGUGGUGGAUGAGCUGCUGGACAGGCUGAUCUUCGAGGACCGGAUCCGGCCUGAAGACCGCACGCCCCUGCACCGGGCUCUGCUGCUCAGAUGCAGCCACGCCCAGGACCAGGAGGCCCUGGAGGGGGUGACCCCGGCUGUCCUGACGCGCUCCGGGGACCCCCACACACCUCUGCUGUCCUCGCAGCCCUCACUGGAGACCAAGUUCUUCUGUGAGAAGGGCGAGGGGGACCCCGAGGUGCGCCUGGCGUCUGCGGUGCUGGAGCAGAUCCCAGAGGCCUCCGAGUCGGCCCUGCUGCGCGUGGGCCGAGCGGACUUCCUGGAACAGCCAGUGCUGGCCUUCGUGCGGCUGCAGGAGGCAGCAGAGCUGGAGUCCGUGGAGCUGCCCCGGCCGGUGCGCUUCCUCGCCGUGCUGCUGGGGCCCGAGCAGCUCCACACCGACUACACACAGCUGGGCCGUGCCUUGGCCACCCUCAUGUCUGAAAGGGUCUUCCGGAUGGACGCCUACCUGGCGCAGAGCCGCGGUGAGCUGGUGCGCUCCCUGGACAGCUUCCUGGACUGCAGCCUGGUGCUGCCGCCCACGGACGCCCCCUCGGAGCGGGCGCUGCUCGGCCUGCUGCCCGUCCAGCAGGAGCUGCUCCGCAGGCGCUACCUGCCCAGCCCAGAGCCGCCCCCUCCCGACUUCUACAAGGGCCUGGGUACGCCNNAUGAUCCCCUGCAGCGGACGGGCCAGCUCUUCGGGGGCCUGGUGCGCGACGUCCGGCGCCGCUACCCUUACUACCUGAGCGACAUCAGGGACGCGCUGAGCCCCCAGGUCCUGGCCGCUGUCAUCUUCAUCUACUUCGCCGCUCUGUCGCCAGCCAUCACGUUCGGUGGCCUCCUGGGGGAGAAGACCGGGAACCAGAUGGGCGUGUCGGAACUGCUCAUCUCCACCGCGGUGCAGGGCAUCGUCUUCGCGCUGCUGGGCGCGCAGCCCCUGCUGGUGCUCGGCUUCUCCGGGCCGCUGCUGGUGUUCGAGGAUGCGUUUUUCUUGUUCUGCGAGAGCCACGGCCUGGAAUACAUCGUGGGCCGCGCCUGGAUCGGCUUCUGGCUCAUCCUGCUCGUGCUGCUGGUGGUGGCCUUCGAGGGCAGCUUCCUGGUCCGCUUCAUCUCCCGCUACACGCAGGAGAUCUUCUCGUUUCUCAUCUCCCUCAUCUUCAUCUAUGAGACCUUCUCCAAGCUGAUCAAGAUCUUCCAGGACCACCCGCUGCAGAAAACGUACGACCCCAAGGUGACCAAGCCAAGGGGGCCUCUGCCCAACACGGCCCUCUUCUCCCUGGUGCUCAUGGCUGGCACCUUCAUCCUGGCCAUGAUGCUUCGCAAGCUCAAGAACAGCUCCUACUUCCCCGGCAAGCUACGCCGGGUCAUCGGAGACUUCGGGGUCCCCAUUUCCAUCUUGAUCAUGGUCCUGGUGGACUCCUUCAUCAAAGACACCUACACCCAGAAACUCUCGGUGCCUGACGGCCUUAAAGUGUCCAACGCCUCGGCCCGGGGCUGGGUCAUUCACCCGCUGGGCCUGUACAGACUCUUCCCCACAUGGAUGAUGUUCGCAUCUGCCCUGCCUGCCCUGCUGGUCUUCAUCCUCAUCUUCCUCGAGUCCCAGAUCACGACGCUGAUCGUCAGCAAGCCGGAACGCAAGAUGACCAAGGGCUCAGGCUUCCACCUGGACCUGCUGCUGGUGGUGGGCAUGGGCGGGGUGGCUGCACUCUUUGGGAUGCCCUGGCUCAGUGCCACCACCGUGCGCUCCGUCACCCACGCCAACGCCCUCACCGUCAUGGGCAAGGCCAGCACCCCGGGGGCUGCAGCCCAGAUCCAGGAGGUCAAGGAGCAGCGGAUCAGUGGGCUGCUGGUGUCCGUGCUGGUGGGCCUGUCCAUCCUCAUGGAGCCGGUGCUGUCCCGCAUCCCGUUGGCGGUGCUGUUCGGCAUCUUCCUCUACAUGGGCGUCACGUCGCUCAGCGGCAUCCAGCUCUUCGACCGCAUCCUGCUGCUGCUGAAGCCGGCCAAGUACCACCCGGACUUGCCCUUCGUGAAGCGGGUACAGUGUGGGCCCCGCGUCGUGGGCUGGGGCGUGGCGCGGGCGGAUGUCAGCUUCCAGAAGCAGCACGUGUGCUGCACAGCCCAGAGACGUGGGUCCUGUGCACAGGGGUCAGAACCACACUGCCGCUUGUGCAGAGCAGCUGCUAACACAUGCCGCGUGUAA